AUGGAUAUGACGGUAUCGAAUGAAGCAGCAUCAUCUGUAGCGUCAGCCGCCGCAGCGACAGCGACCGCGGCUGUCGGAGACACAGCCCAUCUGAUGAGCUAUUUUAAAUACCAGAAACAUUCGGGGACGAUCCUAGCUCAUAUCGUGUUGAUGGCUAUAGCUUGGGUCGUCAUCCUCCCAGUCGGCAUCGUGUUUAGUGUAGCUAAGUCCCGAUUCGCGUUGCCAACACAGUUUGGUUUCUUGAUUGUCAACGCUGUUGCUGUAUUAUGCGGUCUCAUAUACAGUAAUCAAACUCCAGAUCUCUAUGAAAAUAAUGUGCAUAACAAGAUAGGAUGGGUGGCCACAUGGGUCAUGGUUGCGGAGGCUGUGAUGGGCCUACUCCUCGCGUACUCCAGCAGCAGAGACCAUACACAAGAUAAGGCCUAUGAGAGAAUUGCAUUCCUUUCCGUUAACACUCAAUUGGGCGGAGCCGGCCCCUAUUCCCAGGAUACCAAUAGGCAACACCGAUGGUCUGCAGACAGCGGCCAAGGCAGUGAAGAGCACACUUAUUCACCCCGUAGCCGAUGCAGCUCCUUUGAACAUGACAGACAAGAAGCUGAGGAAAUUGGAAUGCCAAAUCUCGAGACAAACAAUAAGCCUAGCUCUCGGCGUCUGUCUUCAUUUGGGUCGCUCGAUAGAUAUUUGAAAGUCAGAAUCCCACAGCUGACUUCGCGGCGUGUACUCAGUGCAUUGAGUACAAUCCACACAAUCGUUGAGAGAACAAUCCUUAUCCUCGGGUUUGUCGCCCUUACCUCUGGUGCUGUUGUGUAUACUGGAAUUUUCCGUGGACGACAAAUAUUUAACGGACUCGCGCAUUUCAUCAAGGGUGGGAUUUUCAUGUGGUAUGGAUUCUUGACUCUUGGUCGGUGGCUUGGUUGUUUCGCAGACUUCGGAUGGGCGUGGAAUAUUAAGCCAUCACGUGCCAUAGUAGGGGCAUGGAAAGCAAAAAUACCCACCGCAGAGUUCACGGAAUCAUUCGUUAUUUUCUUGUAUGGGGCCAGCAAUAUGUUCUUAGAGCAUCUUGGGGGUUGGGGAGGCCCAUGGACGGCCCAUGACCUCGAGCAUGUCUCGAUAACUAUCAUGUUUUUUGGUGGCGGCUUGUGCGGGAUGCUUGCUGAAUCUCGCCGGGUUCGUGAUUGGAUAAAUAUGACUGCUUUGGGACCACCUCCAAUUUAUCUUGACAAAGAGUACGCAUCAGGUACUGACGAAUGGAGGCCGCCCAGGUCCCAAGGGGUAUCUCUCAACCCUAUGCCUGCAACAAUAAUCUUGCUUUUAGGCUUGAUGAUGAGCUCCCAUCACCAACAUAGUAUGGUGUCGACUAUGGUUCAUAAACAGUGGGGUAUGCUCCUAGUGGGAUUCUCAUUAGCACGCGCUGUCACAUAUAUUCUACUCUACAUCAACCCACCAAGCUCGAUUCUUCCUUCCCGGCCGCCUUCGGAGCUGGUCACCUCAUUCUGCCUUAUUUCAGGUGGACUUGUGUUCAUGCUAAGUACCGCAGAUGUUGUUGCAGCCAUGGAAUACUAUGAUGUCAAUGCGAUGAUUGUAUUCACGAUUGGGAUGGGAGUCACUGCCCUUGCCAUGGCAUGGGAGAUCGUGCUUAUAUCUCUCAAGGCAUGGGCAACCAAAACUUCAGUUUCAACACCACCAAUUCGGGAUGGUUUCAAGUUUCCCGAAUGA